CAAAGCCAAAAAAGAAAAAGUAAACAAGAAGGUUUAUAACAAACAAUUGGCUUCCCCCCUUUAUAAGUUUAUGUAUAUUCACGCUUUCGAAAAGUGCUCAGCAGACUAUAUUUGUGAUCAAAUUUGGAAAUCUUUUUCAAACUAUUAACUAAAAAUGCCCAUGAUUAACAUCAAUUCCUCUACUCCUGCUUCUCUCAAGCUGAAAACAGGUCAAAUCUUUACUGGUACCUCAUUUGGUGCUCCCGUCUCUACCUUUGGUGAAGCUGUCUUUACUACUUCUGUUGUUGGUUACCCCGAAUCAAUGACAGAUCCCUCUUAUACUGGUCAAAUCCUCGUCUUCACCCAACCCUUAAUUGGAAAUUACGGUGUUCCUGGUCAAACCAAAGACGAGUUUGGUCUGUUGAAAUACUUUGAAUCCGAUCGUAUUCAGGUUCAAGGCAUUAUCGUCAAUGAUUACGCAACUGAAUAUUCUCAUUGGACCGCUGUUGAAUCCUUGGCCGAAUGGUGUAUCCGUCAGAACAUUCCUGCCAUUUCUGGUGUAGAUACUCGUGCCUUGACCCAGUUACUACGUGAUCAAGGAUCAACUCUCGCCAAGAUCUGUGUAGGCGAAGACUACCUGACCGACGACAUUGCUUCUACUGACUUUCCCAACCCCAAUGCUGAAAACUUAGUAGCCAAGGUGUCCACCAAGGUUCCUAUCACGUACAAUCCCAAGGGUGAUGUCAGAAUUGCUGUCAUCGACUGUGGCGUAAAGCAAAACAUCCUUCGUUGUCUCACCAGUCGCGGUGCUGCCGUUACCGUCUUGCCAUACAAUUACGAUUUCAAUAGUGUUGCCAAUCAAUUCGACGGUCUUUUCAUCUCUAAUGGUCCAGGUUCACCUACAUAUUGUGUUGAGACCAUCAAGAACCUUCAAGUGGCAAUUGAAACAUUCAAUAAACCCAUUUUUGGUAUCUGUAUGGGCAACCUCCUUCUUGGUAUGGCCGCUGGCUUAAACGUCUAUAAGUUGCCAUUCGGAAACCGUGGUCACAAUCAACCUGCUCUCAAUGUUGAUACAGGCCUUUGCUAUAUCACAUCUCAAAAUCAUGGUUAUGCCCUGAAUGAUAAAGAUAUGCCCGGCCAAUGGAAACGUCUCUUUAUCAAUGCAAAUGAUGGAUCUAAUGAAGGCAUUCGUCAUGAAACAAAGCCCUUCUUCUCUGUUCAGUUCCAUCCUGAAGCCAAAGGUGGUCCUCAAGAUACUUUUUAUCUCUUUGAAGAAUUCCUUUAUCAAGUCCGUCAAUUGAAAACAAACUUCAACUUGUCACAAACCUCCAUUGCUACUCUUCAACAAUCUGCUAUCAGCACUUGUGUUUAAUAUCAUUCUUUUUAUUAUGAUUAUUAUUAUUAUUAU